CUUUUCAAUCCGAUGUGGUUUGUCAGUCUUGAAUAGAACGAAGAACAAAAUGUUUGCAAAGGUUUUUGCCCUCUUAGCAAUUGUAACCUUGGCGAAAUGCGGUUACAUUAGUAGUGGUUUUGAUUCAAACCAUUACGGUGGAGGAGGAGCUAGUUCCUACGUAAACCAAAAACUAGACUCAUAUGGUGGUUAUGCCACGUAUGGAGGUCAUGGUUCUGGAGGAUUAGAUGGCGGAUAUGGCGGUGGAUUUGGAGGCGCACAUGGUGGAGAUACUGAUGAUGGCGGAUACGCUUAUCCAAAAUACAACUUCAAUUAUGGAGUUAAUGACCAUCAUUCUGGUGAUGUUAAAUCUCAACAUGAAGAACGUGAUGGAGACGUGGUUAAAGGUUAUUACAGCGUACACGAACCUGAUGGUACAGUAAGACACGUUCAGUAUUCAGCCGAUGACAAAAAUGGAUUCAACGCUGUUGUAACGAAAUCUGGACAUGCUAGUCAUCCAGCUUCUGAUGGACAUGGUGGACAUUAUUGAGUGAUGAUAAAUUAAAUAAAAAUAAAUAAAUUAUUGUAA